UCUUUCCUUCUCUCUUUAUUUUUCUUAUAUGCACUUUUGGGAAAGAAUCACGCGCGCCCCGCAGACGGUAGACAAACAACAACGCGCGAUUCCCCGUCGGGUGGGGCAAAGAAAUAAAUCUGUGUCGAUGCGAUCGAGAAACGGCAAGCUGUUGGAGAGGAGAGUAACCUUCGGAUCCACGCAAGCGACCUUUACCUGCCACAGAGACCGUGUCGUUGUGUGUUACAGACAUAAUUACUCGACGAUGACUAUUCUCCUCAUCUUUGUGUGGGUAUAUACCCGAUUCCGAGAAGUCUUUAGAGAUGAAAUGACCAUUCGAAAGGUUAGAAGCCAAGGACUCCGAUAUCUCUGCGUAUUUUAACAUUGUAUUAGUCAAGUCUGAGGAAAAAUAUUCCGGCUAAUGGAGAAGGCAAACUUAUUGGAAAACAAAAACAAAUGUAUAAUGUGAAAAAGAAGCGCUUCUUUUGUUCGAAUGGUUUAGUGUUUGCUCAUUUAUAUUUUGUAAUUAUUUACUUUUUUCUUUUUGUUUGAGUGUCGCGGAAGAAAAAAACCCUGGCUUAAAAUCAAUAAUAUCGUUUGACUCCGAGAGAAAAAUACGAACGACCUUAAAAAUUGCUUCGCGAUGAUUGCGACAAAAGCGCGUCAGACCUGCGAUUAAGACAACGCAUUCGACGGAAAUCUGUAAUCUAUCAGACUGAUAAGAGCAUAAACAAGCGCAUGGCAAAGAACACACUCUGGUGUUACGAUCUAUUGCUAGUCGAUUGCGGUGCGCGCACAAAGAACAAUGCGAAGGAUACGUAAACGCGUCGUGCACACGCUCGAAAGAUCCUUAGAACGGAUUCAUCGCGCGCACAAGAGAGAAAUGGAUAGGGAUCACAGAGAGCAGCGCGAUCACGAUAAUCUGAAUGAGAAGGAAUCAAACAGCAAAAUUGGAAUGGAUUUUCGCAAUCUCUCCCAUCAUCACGAUCACGCACCGGACGCCGAUGCAGAGUCUAUGGAAAUUGACUCGAUCGAUCACGCCGAAAAUUUGCACGAUGAUAAGUCCGAGAAAUUAGGAAGGAAUUUUCACAACAUAGGACAUCAUCCAGCUAUGGUAAGUUGCAAAAGGUGCUUCCCAAAUGAUAAUAUUUUAAUGAAUUUGUUUGUAAUACGAAGCUUGUGCUUGCGAUUGCAGAGAGAUAUAGAUCAAAACAAUCAUGUCGACAACUUGCACGAGGACAAGCUGGACCAUAAGAUAGGAAGGGAUUUCCGUAAUUUGGGCCAUCCGGGAAUGGUCCACUUACACUCCAGCAUGGAUCAUUUGAGUAACGUCGAUGUCGAGGUGAAGUUAGCAAGAGACGUGCGCGGAUCGUUAGGCUUAGGAUUGUCCUUAGAACUCUGCGUAGUUUGUGGAGACAGAGCAAGUGGCAGACAUUACGGUGCGAUCAGUUGCGAAGGUUGCAAAGGCUUUUUUAAGCGCAGCAUUCGCAAACAGCUCGGCUAUCAAUGCAGAGGAAGCAAAAAUUGCGAAGUUACCAAACACCAUAGAAAUCGUUGUCAGUACUGUAGAUUGCAGAAAUGCUUAGCGAUGGGCAUGAGAAGCGAUUCUGUCCAGCAUGAAAGAAAACCCGUAUUGGGAGAAUCCGCGGCGGCGAAAGUGGGCAAUCGUAGUUCCAGGGUAAAGCCGGAACCGCAGCAACCUGCGCCAGAAUCGCUUCCGGCUUGGGAACAACCCGAGAGUCCUAGUAUGGAAGACCAAAGUAGCGAUAGCGAUGCUAGUUUGACCACAGCUCGCGAUCGCUUACUCAUUUCUCACGUGUUGGAUAACAUGGCUAAAUUCAUCAAUGAUGUAAACGGUUCAAGCGAACCGGAAGAAGAAUGGACUGGUCAGUUAAUCACUGAACGGAACACCUUGUUCGAAUUGAGAGCGCCCAGUCCAGCGCCCGCGUAUCUAUCUAUUCACUUCAUAUGCGAGAGUGCGGCUAGACUAUUGUUCUUGUCUGUACAUUGGGUGCAAGGAAUUCCAGCAUUUCAAGCUUUGCCAUCGGAUAUUCAAAUCGAUUUAGUGCGAAGUUCCUGGGGACAACUGUUCACGUUGGGACUGGCUCAAUGCGCGUAUACACUGUCUCUCUCUAGUAUUAUAUCAUCGAUAAUCAGUCACUUGCAAGUCAGUUUCACACACGAGAAGAUCACAGCUAGCAAAGUGAAAUACGUCACGGAACACAUAUGCAGACUACAGGAAUGCGUGGGUUCUUUGCAUAAAAUGCAAGUGGAUUCAGUUGAGUACGCGUAUCUCAAAGCUCUGACGCUGUUUAGUCCAGACAAUAUUAUAUCAAAUGUAUGGCGUAAAAAGGUCGAAGUUCUUCAAGAAGCGGCGUGGACGGAACUGCAGCAACGUGUGAGUUCCGACAGAUUGUCUCGCCUUCUUUUGCGAUUAGCGCCACUUCGCUCGAUUCAUCCUCGAGUUCUGGAAGACCUGUUCUUCUCGGGUCUCAUCGGCCGAGUGAGCGUGGCCAGCGUCGUGCCUUAUAUCCUCACCAUGCCGGAUUACAAAACCGAACCGGAAAGUCACGCGGGGUGACAAAUACUAUUGUCGAUGCAAUGCAAAUCGUGGACUAAAGAGUGAUGUAUACAUAAAUAUAUUGGAUGCCUUGAACAUUUUCAUACAACGAAAGUGCAAAAAAAAAAAAAAAA